AUGCAAAAAGUGACCAGGUAUAUCCCCACCAAGGAUGACUUGGGCAAAACCUUCACCUAUUUACGACUUCUCUUCUCUUUGGACUACACAAUAGCCGACGUUCUACUCAUAACUGGGGGCUUGUUUUUCGCUAUUUGCGCCGGUAUUCCUUUCCCUCUUCUCGGUAUCGUCUUCGGGGACCUGAUCAACGACCUGAACACGGUGACUUGCAAUUCCUCGGACCGCGCUUCUGCGGACCUCUCCUCGGCAGUGCGGACAAAGGUGUUGUAUGUCAUCUACAUCACGAUCGCAAACUUUUGCUUCAUCUACGCCCACAGCACAUGCUGGUGUUUUGUGAGUGAGCGCCUGGCGCGCCGCUACCGCCGCCGUUACUUUGAGAGUAUUAUCAAACAGGAGGCCAACUUCAUCGAAUCACUUCCUUCGGGUGACGUUGUUUCGCGUCUGGUCAGCGACAUUGAACUUGUGCAGUCCGGCACAUCGGAGAAAGUGGGUCUCGUCAUCUCAACCCUAUCGUACUUUGUGGCCGCCUAUGUGGUUGCCUUCAUCAAAGUGCCCAAGAUUGCAGGCAUGCUAGUGUCUGUGGUUCCCUGUUUCUUCUUGAUGGCACUUGUUGGGGGGCAUUACAUCAAGAAAUUUGCGGGUCGUCUGGCCGAGAAGGUCAAUGCGGCCACAUCCAUAGCUUCCUCCAGUCUGUCGCAUCUGACACUCGUUCAUGCCUUCAAUGCGAACGACCGACUCGAGAAGCGUUUCGCCGGCUACCUCUCACAAGCGAGGAAAGAUGCCGUCAGAAAAGCCACUACUCACGCGGCACAAUUGGGCUGUCUCUACUUCAUCGCCUAUUCCGCCAACGCUCUGGCAUUCUGGGAAGGAUCUCAGAUGAUUUCAAAAUCGGUGGCUGACGGAAGCUCCGGAGCCUCUGUGGGUGCGGUCUACACCGUUAUCUUCGUCCUUAUCGACGCCUCAUUCAUUCUCAGUCAGGUUGCACCCUUCAUUCACGUCUUCGCCUCGGCUGCAGGUGCUUCAGAGAGACUUUUGCAGGUGAUCAACAGGCCUUCUGCCAUUGAUGGAACGUCUGAUUCAGGAGACAAGACAGCCGCAUUCGGUGAAGAGGAUAUUCGCUUUCAGGAUGUCCACUUCACGUAUCCCUCGCGCCCGGAUGUUCCAGUUCUACAAGGAGUGACGUUCAACAUCCCCCCCAAAAAGCAUACAGCCAUUGUGGGUCCUUCUGGCGGUGGAAAGUCUACAGUUGUUGCGCUUCUAGAGCGAUUCUACGAUCCCGGUUCAGGGGGUGUCCUGAUCGGCGACAAAAACUUCCGAGACAUCAAUGUUAGAUACCUGCGUGGAAAUAUCGGUUUUGUACAACAGGAACCUUCGUUGCUGGAUCGUACCAUUCUGGAAAAUAUUGCAUAUGGCUUGGUCUCGUCUGCGGUGGAGCGGCAUCAGCGACUAGCCCCCUUCAUCCUCGACUCGAGUCUGCCCGAUCUUGCCCAAAAAAUCCGAGGAGGCGUCUCAGAGAAGGAAGCGCUCCGCGAGUAUGAUAACUGUGUGUCCGAGAUUGUGGAUUUGGUGAAAGACGCAGCUGCCAAUGCGAAUGCGCUGGGCUUUAUUGAAGCUUUGCCGUAUGGUCUCGCCACAAACGUAGGUACAGCAGGGAACCAGCUGAGCGGUGGUCAGAAGCAACGAAUUGCUCUCGCCCGUGCCCUGGUUCGGGAACCAUGCUUGUUGAUUUUGGAUGAGGCAACUGCGGCGCUUGAUUCGACGAGUGAGCAGCUUAUCCAGGCCGCACUGAACAAGGUAUCCGAGCGAGUUACCACCGUAUCAAUCGCCCACCGGCUGGCGACAGCCAAAAACGCGCAUAAGAUCGUCGUGGUCCAGAGUGGCCGUGUUACGGAGGAAGGAUCCCACAUGGAGUUGGUUUCUCAGGGAGGGGUCUACGCAGAGAUGGUGCGGCUUCAGAACCUGGGAAAGCUAAGUGUAGAAGACAGAGUAAUCUCGGGAGACAUGAUCAGUGAACUGAACGCGACACCGGAAACACGACAGUUCUUCGACGAAAAACAAGCUCUCGCCGACGUUAACGGGUCAGACGUCACGGAGGACACGGUUGUUGCUGACACUCCGCCGGAAUCUCGAGAUGGAAGUGAGGAGGAGGAGGAGGAGGAGGAGGAAAGGAAAACGAAAAAGAAAAGAACACGGUCUGGGUGGUUCGUCACACAGUACACGGUCGCCCUGAUCCGUCCCAACUUGCAUUGGAUUAUGCUAGGCCUUGCCAUGUCUGUCAUUAUCGGCGGCAGCUACUCGGCAGAGGCUAUUGUAUUUGGUCACACGGUUGGAAGCUUGAGUCCUUGCAGGUCGGCUGAAGCCAUCAGCCAUGACGGCAAUCUCUACGGAUUGCUUUUCUUCAUCCUCGCUCUGGUGGAGUUUGGCGCGAAUGUGGUGGGUGGCUGUGCUUUCGGCUGGGCUGCCGAUAAAGUGUUGUAUCGGAUUCGAGUGCUGUCUUUACGCUCGCUACUGGGCCAAACCAUGAAGUGGCACCAAUCGGAGGAUCGCACUCCUGGGACUUUGCUCACAUACAUCACUGGUGACGCAUCCGCGUUGGGAGGCAUUACUGGCACAACCAUAGGGCUCCUCCUGGCGACUGCCGUCAACCUGAUAGCGGGUCUGGUGAUCUCGUUCGCAAUUGCUUGGAAGAUCACGAUUGUAUUGUUUCCAACAAUUCCAGUCCUGCUGGUGUCGGGCAUGAUGAAGCUCCGGGUGCAAAAGCAACUUGCCGAACGUCAUCAAAAGGCGUUUGCGAAAGCUACAGCGGUCACCAUCGAGGCCGUCGACAACAUCCGCGCAGUUUCUGCGUUCUCGCUGGAGAAGCAAUCGUACCAGGUUUACGGUCGUGCACUUCAAGGUCCCUACCGGGCUACCAUCAAAGCCACGUUUCACGGGAAUGCAUGGUUAGCACUGGCAUUUAGCAUCAGCAACUUGGUCUAUGCCCUGGCGUACUGGUGGGGGUCGAAACAGAUCGCCGAGGGUCGCUAUUCCCAGACGCAAUUUUUCAUUGUCAUGCCGGCUCUCUUGUUCAGCACGCAGUCUUGUGGGCAGAUGUUCGCCCUUGCGCCCGAUAUCUCGAAGGCCGGGGUGGCUUCGUCGAAUAUCGUCGAACUGCUGACGACUCGUUCGGCAGAGGAUGAAGUGACACCUGGAUCUUCGCACAGCAUCCAGCCUUCCAGCAGCCUUCUCGAGGAGAAAGCCGCAGUGCAGGACAUUGAGGCACAGGAAUAUGCUCGCUCCGCACGGCAACGGGCCGCUGAAAGGGGUGGGAUGGGCGCCCAACUGCGCGACGUCCAUUUUACAUAUCCGCAUCGCCCCGAACGGCCGGUCUUGAAGGGUCUCAAUAUUGACAUCAAACCAGGCCAGUUUUGCGCGCUAGUGGGGCCUAGCGGAUCAGGCAAAUCGACCACGUUUGCCAUGCUGGAGAGGUUUUACCGGCCUAAUGCAGGGGCAGUGGUCAUUGACGGUGUGGACGUCACUCGUCAGGUUGGGACAGAGUUCCGCGAUGAUAUCGCACUGGUUCCUCAGGAGAACGUUCUCUUCGAGGGAACUGUUGCCUUCAACAUUGGACUUGGCGCGUGCCCGGGCCACGAGCCCACUCAAGAGGAGAUCGAGGAGGCAUGCCGCAUGGCCAACAUCCACGAUGUCAUCAUGACUCUGCCCCAGGGGUAUCAGACGAUGUGCAGCCAUGAUGGCAAGCAAUUUUCGGGUGGACAGCGCCAGCGACUGUCGAUUGCCCGCGCACUGGUGCGCAAGCCUCGCAUGUUGCUGCUGGACGAGUCGACAAGCGCGCUAGACGUGGAGUCGGAGAAGCGAAUCCAGGAAGCUCUGGCGACCCUGGCAGGAAGGACCACAGUUGUAGCCAUCGCUCAUCGACUGAAUACCAUUCACCGGGCCGAUCAGAUCUUCUUGAUCGAAGACGGCCGAUGCGCUGAGCAAGGUACACACCAGGAGCUGAUCCAGCGGAGUGAGACAUACCGGACGAGUGUGAUCCACCAGUCGCUGGAGACUUGA